AUGUCUUCAGAUCAAUCCUCGCUCUACGGCAAAUCUCGAAGCAAGACCACCAAGACUCAAGAAAUCAGCUCCUCUUCCAAUCUCGCCUUCACCAGCCAACUGUCAUCCCUAAUCAACAACAACUCAACAAAGAUCGCACAAGGCCGACCUCGACCGUCGAAGGCCGCAAAGAGUGACAUAUUCAGCAAACACAACAAGGGGGCUUCGAAGCGCGCGGCUGCAGAUCUCCAAGACGACGAUCGCCAUGUCUUCAAUCAGGUGCACCGGCAGUCGGGGGAUUUGGGAACGAUCGAUGAGGCGACGCUCAAUCGGUCCAAGCAGCGGAUGAUAAAAAAGGCUCGUCUGUACGAGGAUAUGAAAAAAGGUGUGCAUCUGGUGAACGGAGAUAGUGACGACGAUGAGGAUGACGGAGGGGAUGAUUACAUUUCACGACUGAGACGGAAAGAGAAGGCGGGACUCGUCGACUUUGACACGAAAUGGGCCGACGAGCAACGCAAGAAAGCAGAUCGGGACGGCGAAGAAGAAGAAGAAGAAGAAGAAGAAGAAGAAGAAGAAGGAGGAGGAGAGAACGACGGCGACGACGAUGACGAAAACGCCUCAGUAAUCUCAUUCGAGGACGAAUUCGGUCGCACAAGACACGGUACAAGAGCCGAAGCCGCACAUGCAGCUCGCAUCCGCGACGAAGAAGAAAACCGCGGCCGCGUCGCUAAAACAGAACGAUGGCGUCCCUCACGACCAGAUCAUUUGAUCUUCGGCGAGAUCAUCCAAACGCACGCGUUCAACCCGGACGCCACCAUCGCCGCCGAAAUGGCCCGGCUCGCUGCCCAGCGGGACCGGUCCCCGGAGAUUGAAAACACGCACUACGAUGCUGAUGCCGAGGUUCGCAAUCGCGGAACGGGCUUCUACGCCUUCUCGCAGGAUGAAGAGGAGCGGAAAAAGCAGAUGGCGCAGCUGGAGGAGUCACGCAUGGAGACGCAGCGACGGCGCGAUUUGCUGCUGCGUCGGGCGGCGGAGCGUGAAGCUGUGGUGCAGGAGCGUCGAAGACAGAUUCAGGAAUUAAGGGCGCGGAGGCUGUCGGAGAUGACUUCUGCAGAGAUGGCUUCUACAGAGUCGGCUGCUGGUGACGUGUGA